UCCUUGCUCACCCCCCCCCCAAGCCCGUUCAACGUAACUCUCCUGCCCGAGUCCCAGUAGUAAUAGGAGUUUGCCGUCUCCACCAACAUGUCAGAUCCAAGAGAUUCGGCAUCCCUCUGCCUACUGUGCGUGACAAGCAGAAGAAGAAGCAGGACGAGGGCCAGCCCCGGUGCCAAUCUCCUCCCUUGAGCCUCGGGUUCCAGCAAUCUGGCACCCGGCCCCCUGGGUCUUUGUUCUUGUCCUCCCCGGAUCUGCGCAUUCAGCUGGGUCUGUCUGUACCGGUGGGCCUGAGGAUCUCGCAUGCUGUUGCUUGCAUGACACCCGAUUCGUUAUCAGGGGCGUGCUGAAUAUUCUUGCCGGUCACAUAUACAAAAAGAACGAGGCUCACACGCUCACACACACACACACACACGCAGGUUGCUGACUGACUGACCAGCAGACCUCGCACAGGAAGGCUGUGUUCUUUCGCUCUCCACCCGAAAUACUACUCUAAACCUUUCCUCCCAUGUUCCUCGCCUGCUUGUGGUUUCUACCUGCCCCAUAUUCUCCUCCUCAGAUGUGACAACGAGGCGGGUAUUAAUACCCAUGUUCCUAUUGUUCAGCCCUACGCUACCGGUAGAAACGCGCUUGGGGGGUGUAUAGCAGUCCCGCCAUGGAUCGAGUCAUGCGGUUCGACACAGUACGCAUCGAGAAGACCGUGACGAGGCAGUUCGUCCACUCACAUCUCCUGCCGGACGAGAUAGAACGCCUGGAUAAGCCCCUGGCCUUUGGCGAUGGCCUCACCAACUGCACGUACUGGGAUUGGAUAGAGGGCCACGCGAAGCGGCUGUUCCUUAUCCUCGUCGACCUAGGGGUCCCGGACCAGAUAUUUGGUGUCAUUGACGACUCCUGGGAGGAUGUCGACCUGCCCAUCGCCCUGGACCAGGUUGAGAGGCUCUGCCUGACCGCCACCAAGGACGUCAAGUCCGAGCGAAGGUUCUAUGACCGGCAGUUUCACUAUCUGCUCCGGCCACUCCGCAAGGGCGAGCACAUUGAUUAUCAGGACGAGGAGAUCGUGCCCCUCGACGUGUAUGAUAGGCGGCCGGGGCUGAUACAGAGCAACGACAUAGACAGGGUUGGACUCCCCAAUGUCCCCGGCGAGGUCUUCUGCAGGCGUCGGUUCCCCGUAGGACAUGACCAAGGGUGCCUAUCACGCGAGGACCUCAUGUUCGAGAUAAGCACCAUGAGGGACCUCCAAAACGACCACCUCGUGUCAUACUGGGCGUCAUACAUCCACCAGGGGUUCGCAUACGUCCUCUUCACACCAGUCAGCGAGUACAAGCUCGCCGUGUACCUGACCAACACGCCCCAGUCGAUAAAGAACGUCGACAAGACGGCCAAGCGGAGGCUGGUGCUGGACUGGAUCCAGUGCCUCGUCGACACCGUCUGCUACGUGCACAGCAGGGGCCGGUGGAUCGCAAACAUCAAGCCCUCCACCGUCCUCUUCACCCAGGACAACCACAUCCUCCUGUCCGGGUUCUCCCGCCUCAGCCCCGACGCGCCCUCGGGCCAGGGCGGUGUCUUCUUUGACAAGGAGGCGUACGACUACGCCGCGCCGGAGCGGUGGGCGUCCAAAUCAGCCAAGUCCCCGACAGCACCGCGGAUCAAGGCCACGGCCCCGUCCUCGUCCCGCUCCGGUGCCCCCUCCAUCCGCAGCGGCAAGAGCGGCCACACCGAGCACACCACCAGGUCGGCACCGCCAGCAAUAGCAGCAGCAGCACCGGCCCCGCGUCUCGACCCGCAGGCGGCAGACAUCUUCUCCAUGGGCUGCGUGAUCCUCGAGCUCCUCAGCCACGGGCUGUUCAAGCGGUCGACGGGCGCCUUCGCGUCGCACCGCAGCGCAAAGCACAAGAACGCAGGGCGGGGCGGCGCCGUGCUGGACUCGUCGUUCCAUAAGAACAUGGGCCAGGUGGAAGGGUGGAUCACGGCGCUGGCCAAGGAGGCGUCCAAGAAGGCCGAGGGCAGCGGCGACAAGGGCGAGGUGUUCAGGGGCGUGACCCCCCUGCUCCAGGUCGUCAGCAACAUGCUGUCGCCGCACCCGCCCGACCGGCCCUCGGCGUUUGACGUCCAGCGCCGGACGUACCAGAUCCUCACGCAGCAGUGCGGCAUCACCGAGCCGCACUGCGUCCACCAGUACGACGCCUGGGACCACCUCGGCGUGGCGGGCGGCGAGGGCCCAGGAGGGGGAGGCGCCACCAGCACUGGCCGCAACAGCGUCAUGACGACGAUAGAUGAGGCGUCAACCCCCGAGGAAGGGUUUGCGACGGCAGAGAUGACCGCGGCGACGACGAUCGCGUCCUCUUCUAACCCUUCGAGCUUCUAUGAACACGAAGACGACGUUUAUGGCGGUGAGGAUGGAUAUGGCGGCUAUGGCGGCUACGAUGGCGGGCGCACGCCCUCUAAGCUCGGGAUAAGAAGCGGCGGUGACAUGCCCGUCAUCGUCGGGCAGCGAGGUCACAGGCGACAGACAAGCCAGGAUAGCUCUUGGAGUAAAGGUAGUGGCAGUGACCGUGGCCGGGCGGACGGGCAGCGGUGGGAGUUGAACAGCGGGCUGAAAGCGAUUCAGAAUCUCCGCAUCAACAGGUCAAGGGCUUAGCGGGCUUCUCAGCAAACGGCUGAGGCUAUAACACAGUUCGACAUACCUGCAAAUAAGAGGCUACAUUGCGUUAAUACGAUGAAUAGUGGAUAUUAUACGACACGUAUUUUGGGAUGCCCAUGAUCGAAGAGUUGGCUAGAUACCUAGUGCCUUUUAGUAUCCA